AUGUUGUUUGUUGAAAAUUUUUUGUACAACAUUCCGCCGAGGAAACCUAGUCUUGAUUUGGCUACGAUUGUUCAGGCUAAGAAUGAAGGUUUGCGUUCGUACGUCCAAAGAUUUAAUCAAAAGAAAGCCCAAAUUCAUAAUCUGUCGGAUGAAAUGGCAUAUUCGGAAUUCCUCCGGGGAUUAAGGCAUAAUGGUUUCAAAUUUGACUUGAUUCGCAAAAAGGUUCGGACAUACGCAGGUGUUCUGCGGGAAGCCGAAGCCUGUAUUGAGGUGGCAGACUUUUGUUCACUCACUAAAGCUGAAGUACCGGCUAAGAAGAAACAAUCUUCUCAGAAAGACUUGGCUGGGAAAAAGAAAGAGGGAAAGAAAAAAAGAAAGGAAAUCUGGGUAUCUGAUGACCUAGAAACUAAGUCAAAGAAGCCACAGACAUACAAACCGCAGUAUGAGUUUAACAAGGAUUCUUAUUCAAAUUUGAUAGAGAUUAAAGAUGACUUUGAAUUUGAGAAGCCCACGUCGAUGAGAGGCUCGGUCCAGUAUACAAACAAAAGCAAGUAUUGGCAUUACCACAAGGAUGUGGGGCAUGAUACAAACGAGUGCAACAAUUUAAAGAGGUUGCUAGACAAAUUGGCCGAGAAGGGCAUGCUCAAUUCGUACCUGAUGAAGUCCAAGUUCACAUACACUCGGAUAGACAAUAAGUUCGAGAAGAAAAAGCAAAAUGAGAAGAAAAAAGAUGGAAACAGCAUGGACUCUGGUUUUGUGGUUGUCAUAUCAGGCGGCUUUGCCGCAUGCGGCCCAACCAUGAGAGAAAUUAAGUAG